CAAAUAAUUGCAACGAUUCUAGCAGUCUUGUGUGUCCGAGACUUCCAAAUUGUUCCUCAGCUCUCUUACUGGAUGACACCAAUUAUGCUUUUCAGAUGCAUUGAUCCUAUAAUUUGUUCUAGCCAUGUUUUUAAGAAUUCGCUAUUCCUUCAGUCAAUGGCUGAAACCAUUGCACAGUUGCUCAUAUGGCACCUUUCUAAGAACCUUAACCACAACUAACUCUCCCGCCACCCCAACAUUUGACGCCAAAUUUGAAAAUGUUAGCCAACUGGAAAAGGCAAUUUCUCUCUUUUACGAUCUCAGCUUCCCACCUAAUUUCUCACUGCCAUAUGCUAGGCUUUUCCAAGCAUGCGCUCGCCACAAUAGACUCGACUUAGGCCAAGAUCUCCACCACCAUUUGCUCACCCAUGAAACCACCGAGGAUAUUGACUUGUACACUACCAACCACCUGAUUAAUAUGUCUGCCAAGUGUGGUGAUUUGUGUACUGCCUACCAGAUGUUCGAAAAAAUGCCUCACAAGAAUAUUUUCUCUUGGACUUCUUUAAUUUCUGGUUAUUCUCAACAUGGAAAAGUUGAUGAAUGUUUUAGUAUGUUUACCGAUAUGUUAGCUCACUGUAGGCCCAAUGAUUUUGCUUACACCAGCGUACUGUCGAUAUGUGAUGGUUUUAAGGGUAGGCAAGUGCAUGGAGUUGUUGUAAAAACAGGAUUUGGUGCAUAUGUCUAUGCAGCGAAUGCUUUGAUUACCAUGUACUGGAAGAGCAGAGAGACGGGAUUUUGCAGAAUUUACAGCAAUAGUGAGGAGGCUUGGAGGGUAUUUGACGGGAUGGAGUUCCGCAAUCUUGUAACUUGGAACUCAAUGAUUGCUGGAUUCCAAAUGCUGGGACAGUGUUCAAAUGCUGUUAAUUUUUUCAUCACAAUGUGUAGAGACGGUGUUGGGUUUGAUCGUGCUACGCUUGUAAGUGUCCUUUCUGCAUUUUCUGAAAAUAGUGAAUACGAAUAUGUUUCAAGCCUCAAGUCUUGUUUUCAAAUACAUGGUAUUGUUAUAAAGGCCGGGUUUAAGUUGGAUGUUGCAGUGGUGACUGUACUACUGAGUGCUUAUUCGAUUCUUGGAGGAGAGGUUGCUGAUUGUCAUAAGUUGUUUAUAGAGACUAAUGGGUGCCGAGAUGUUGUCUUAUGGACUGGUAUUAUCACUGCUUUUGCUGAUAGAAAACCUGGGGAAGCCCUUUUACUUUUUAAUUUGUUGCGCACAGAGGGGUUGAAUCCUGAUUGUUAUGCCUUUUCGAUUGUAUUAAAGGCUUGUGGAGGAUUUUCUAAUGACAAGCAUGCCCUGGCCGUGUACUGUUUAAUAACUAAAGUUGGUUUCACAAAUAACGUAGUUCUUCAGAAUGCUUCAAUUCAUGCAUUUGCAAGGUGUGGCUCACUUAGCCAAGCUGCGGUCAUCUUUGAUGAAAUGAGAAUAAGGGAUGUAGUUUCUUGGAACUCAAUAAUAAAAGCUUUUGCUUUACAUGGGCAAGGGAAGCAGGCAUUGGACUUGUUCAAACAAAUGGAUGUUGAACCUGAUGCAACCACCUUUGUUGCUCUUCUCUCCGCUUGUAGUCAUUCGGGAAUGGUGCAUGAAGGGGUUGAAAUAUUUGAUACCAUGUCCAACAGCUAUGGGGUUGUUCCCCAACUUGAUCACUAUGCCUGCAUGGUUGACAUUCUUGGGCAAGCUGGGCAUCUCGUUCAGGCUGUGAAGCUCGUAAGGGAAAUGCCCAUGCAACCGGAUUAUGUUGUCUGGAGUGCUUUGGUAGGAGCCUGCCGGAAACACGGUGAAACACAGUUAGCCAACUUUGCUGUAUCAAAACUAAGGGAGUUGGAUCCAGAAAAUUCUCUAGGAUAUGUAGUAAUGUCAAACAUACACUGUUCCACUGGUAGUUUUGAUGUAGCUAGUCUAAUAAGGAAGCGAAUGAAAGCACUUGGGGUACAGAAGGAGCCUGGCUUGAGCUGGACUGAUAUUGGUAAUCAAGUUCAUGAAUUUGUUUCAGGGGGUGGAGCACACCCACAAAGAGAGACAAUCCGCACUAAUACGAAAGAACUAGUUGGAAAAUUGAAGACACUUGGCUAUGUUCCUCAAACUAGUUUGGCCUUGCACGAUAUUGAAGAAGAGCACAAAGAGGAAGAAUUAUACUACCACAGUGAGAAGUUGGCUCUGGUGUUUACUUUGAUGAGCACUUCUGAUUUGAAUUGCAAGUUGGAUGCUGUUAGGAUCAUGAAGAAUAUUCGUAUUUGUCCAGACUGUCAUAAUUUUAUGAAAUUAGCAUCACAAUUAAUUCAAAGGGAGAUUGUUGUGAGAGAUUCAAACCGUUUCCACAAUUUUAUGAAGGGGUUUUGCUCUUGUAAUGAUUACUGGUAAUCCGCAGCUUACAUGGUCAGACAUUUUUCCUGUUGCAGACAACUUUAUUUGCAAAGUUGCGGCUCUCUGACUAGUCGGGACCCAGAUGCCAAUAUGUCCUUAGGUAACUAGUCUCAGUAGUUUCAUUGUCACUUAACAGACUGUGAAGAAGCAUCAACAAAAGAGGUCUUGAUCAAGUUAAGCCCUACAACAUGCAGAAACUUAUAAUCAUGGAACUAUCUUGAAGCAUAUAAGUUGUUUGUUUUGUCUUCCUGACAAUACAGAUGCUUUUCAAGUACUCUGUUCUGAUCCUCAAUGACCGAUGUUGUUAAAUGUAGCUUCCAUUAGGCUCAUUUUGGUUUGGAUUUUUGAAUAAGAAAUGGUAAAAUUAUAAAGAUUGUUGGAUUGACUUCUUGAGACAAUGGAAAAGCUACUGUUCCAAUCCUCAAUGACCCACAUCUACCUGUUUUUGGUUUGCAUUUUUCAGCUGAAGAAAGGUGAUGUUCUUUAGCUUGUUAGAUUGAUUUCUGGAGACAAUGGAAGUAUAGAGCAAAGACUAGUCAGUAUUAAAGGAUGACUGCAAUAUUCUUGUGGAGUAAAGAUGAGGAAUCAUUCUAUGGGUCCUAAAUCUGCUGACUUUCUACAGGUGCAUUUUGGAAGUUUUAUUUAUCUGGAUAAGUUGAUAAAAAGUAAAAGGAAAUCAGUGCACAAGGAUUUGGAAUUUGGAGGCUGCUCUGUAAUUACAUUGGGCAUUGGGGAAUCUCCAAACUUACCCAACUGAAGAUAAUAGAGAAGAGAUAAUUACUUAGUCAGUUCAACCCAGUUGAUGAACAUGUUCAUUGUUAUGCUGCAUCAAUGAUAUUUAACGGUUAAAAUGUAUUCACUAAAAAGCAAGGGUCUGCUUCAACAAAGGCUGUCUCUAACAUGAGGAUCAAGUCAGGUUAUAAAGGAGAAUAUGGUGUCAAAAGAGUGAAAUGGAUCCCUAAGUUGGGUACUAUGGGAGUAUGAGUCUCUAUUGGGUUGAUGGAUUAUAAACAUGUGCUGAUUAAGUGUGCAGCUGAGGCAGACUUCAAUAUAAUUUGGACGAGAGUUGGAAGGCCCUUAUUCUUGGAUACAGCAACGGCUACUGGCACACGUCCUAAUGUGGCCAGGGUGUGUGUGGAGGUUGAUGUAGCGAGGCCAGUCAUUUCGAGAGUAUGGGUGGCUAUCAAAGGGGAGACAGGAUUCUGGCAAAGAAUUGUGACAGAGGAUAUGCUGUCAUAUUGCUCCUCUUGCUGGCGUUUGGGUCAUUCAGCCGAGGAGUGUAAGAAAAAUUCUUCUGAGAUUGCGUCUCGGAACCAGAACAAUCAACACCUGAGGAUGCAGCGUGACCAAAAGAUUGAGGGGAGUAACAAUCAGGUGUAUGUCCCUGUGAGCAAUCUAGUUGUUAAUGGGGCCAAGGAAGACCAAUUUUUUACAGGCUGCUCCUUCGUCGAAUGCGUCACCGGUUGGUCCUGAUGCUUCCAGAAAAGGCAAAGAAAUUGAAGUGGAGGGGAAGCAGCCUGCUGGGUCUAUUGUGCUAGUGGAUGGAGGUGAUAGAACUAAGCGGCAGGAGCUUGUUUCAGGGAGUCAUGCUGGCGACAAAUCUGGUGCUGCGGUGGGUGGUGGUACUGAAGAUAUUGCUUCUAUUGGUCAUGGGAAUCAGGAUACAUGUGACGGGGUGGAGGGAACAUUGGAGGGGGAUCAAGGAGAAAUUGUUGCAAAGCUGGUUUCUAAAAGAGAACAUGAAGGUGAGGUGCGUCAGGUCCUUGAGAAGCAAUCCUUGGGCGCUAGACAGCAGCCUUUAGUCGCGGGGCAGAUUGUUUCUUUAAAUAGCAGUGGGUUGGAGAGUUCGGGUGCAAAGUUGAAUGGGGAGGAGUUUGGGUUAGACGGGGUAUAUAAGGAAGUUGAAGUUGAGCUACCUAUCGUCGCAGGAAAUUUAUCUCCAAGGAUGGCUGUUAGACGAGAAGUUGCUGGAGUCGCUGGUGUUGGCUUUGAACAUUGAUCAAUCUGUUGCGGUUGAUCAAGGUUCAAGCAAGCGAGAAGAAAAGGCGUGCGAGCUCGAUUUCCCUCUGACAGACAGCUUCGAACUGUGACAUCUUCCCAUAACUCCUUCCAGGUUUUAUCUCAUGAUUAAUGGCAUUUUUUGGAAUAUUAGAGGGGUGCUAAAACCCCUAAUCUAAGAAGAUUGAUUAAAUUAGUAAGGUUGUAUCAUGUUAAAUUCAUUGUGAUAAGUGACCCCAAGCUAGAUGUGUCUAAAAUUGAGUCGAUUCGGUUAUGAUUAUUGUUUGAUUUGGUGGGUGUUUAUAGUUCUGGUGAUAUAUGGGUGUUCUAUAGUAGUAUUUUUAUAUGUUCGAUUGUCGG